UCCGGCGGGAACCGGAAGUGGGCUCGAGCUUCUCUGGUGGAGCUAGCGGUUUUGGCGCAUUCCGUGCCGGAGAGGGAGACCAGCUGCAGCGGCGACCUUUUCCUCCUCCUCCUCCUCCUCCUCCUCUUUUCAUUUUCUUUUCUCCUCUUCCUCUUUCUCCUCCUAACCGGAGCUGCCUCCCCCCCCACUCUAUUCCCCCCCCUUCUCCUCGGCUUGGCUUGUUCUUCUCUCCGCCUUCCUUGCCUCCCUCUCCGGGCUCGGGAGCCGCCCCCUCCGCCUCCCAGCUGGAUUUCAGAGUUUAUCUUAGGAACUUCUGGGAAGUUAUUUUUUUGAAGUAAUGCCCACAGAAAGUGGAAGUUGUGCCACUGCUCGCCAAGCCAAGCAGAAACGCAAAUCUCACAGUCUUUCUAUACGAAGAACAAACAGUUCUGAACAGGAGCGGUCAGGAUUGCAGAGAGAGAUGUUGGAAGGCCAGGAUUCUAAACUGCCAUCAUCUGUAAGAAAUACACUCCUGGAACUUUUUGGCCAAAUAGAAAGAGAGUUUGAAAACCUCUACAUUGAAAAUCUCGAAUUACGUAGAGAGAUUGAUACACUUAAUGAACGCUUAGCAGCUGAAGGCCAAACCAUUGAUGGAGCUGAACUGAGCAAGGGACAGCUGAAAACAAAAGCCAGUCAUAGUACCAGUCAGCUGUCUCAGAAAUUAAAGACUACUUACAAGGCAUCUACUAGCAAGCGCUCAAAUUCUUUCCCAGGCAAAUCAGGUGGACCUCGCAACUUCAACGUGGGAAGCUGGGAAAUAUGGGGUGGAGACUCCUGGAUUGUAUCUAGUUUCAAAACUACGACGUCUAGAGCCAUUUGCCAGCUGGUGAAAGAGUAUAUUGGUCAUCGGGAUGGGAUUUGGGAUGUCAGUGUCACGAAAACUCAGCCAUUGGUGCUGGGGACAGCAUCUGCUGAUCACACUGCUUUGCUUUGGAGCAUAGAAACAGGGAAGUGCCUUGUGAAAUAUGGUGGGCAUGCUGGAUCAGUAAAUUCCAUAAAGUUUCAUCCGACGGAACAAGUGGCUCUUACAGCUUCAGGAGAUCAGACAGCUCAUAUCUGGAGGUACAUGGUGCAGUUGCCUACACCUCAGCCUACCGCAGACUGUAAUCAAAUGUCUGGAGAAGAUGAAGUUGAGUUCUCUGAUAAAGAUGAACCUGAAGGAGAUGGAGAUGGUUCUAGUGAUUGUCCCACCAUCCGGGCUCCUUUAACUUUCCUAAAAAGCCACCAAGGUGUAGUCAUAGCAGCUGAUUGGCUAGUUGGAGGGAAGCAAGCUGUGACAGCUUCAUGGGAUAGAACAGCAAACCUGUAUGAUGUGGAGACAUCUGAACUGGUGCACUCUCUGACAGGACACGACCAAGAACUUACACAUUGUUGCACGCAUCCCACCCAGCGUCUUGUGGUGACCUCAUCACGAGACACGACUUUCCGUCUGUGGGAUUUCAGAGACCCUUCUAUCCAUUCUGUGAAUGUCUUUCAGGGCCAUACAGACACUGUGACUUCAGCUGUCUUCACUGUGGGAGACAACGUUGUUUCGGGUAGUGAUGACCGUACUGUGAAAGUCUGGGACUUGAAAAAUAUGAGGUCGCCUAUUGCCACUAUUCGCACAGAUUCUGCAGUAAACAGGAUUAAUGUUUGUGUCGGCCAAAGAAUCAUUGCCCUUCCACAUGACAACCGGCAGGUUAGAUUAUUUGACAUGUCUGGAGUGCGAUUAGCACGGCUACCUCGCAGCAACAGACAGGGGCAUAGAAGAAUGGUUUGCUGUUCAGCAUGGAGUGAAGACCACCCGAUCUGCAAUCUGUUCACUUGUGGAUUUGAUCGGCAGGCUAUUGGGUGGAACAUCAAUAUUCCUGCCUUGCUUCAGGAAAAAUGAGAUGCUGAAAGAAUUCUUCCCCGGACCCCUCAGUUUUGUUGCCAUAGACUUUUUUUGUGCAGACUUUCCUGUAAGCUGGUCUGCUGUUAACAUAAAAGGUGCGCCUUGAAAGGGAGUGUGUUGCAAAUGUUGUUAUCACAUUGUGCACAGUUUGCAUGAAAUGUACAGAGAAAUAUGUGACCUUUUCAAAGAAGCUAGAUUCUCGCAUAUGGACUUUUAUAACUUGGCAUCCACUGGUGAGUAGAAGGAUAUUUGGCUUUCCUAUGGAGCAUAUAAGUGUUCAUAAGUUAUUCAGCCUAGAUGAACAGUAGGGCAUUAUGUUUGACUUAAAUGUGAAUUCUGUGUACUUAUUGUGAAGAAUAUAUAGUCUGCCUUUCCCUCAUCAUUUUACAUAUCUGCCUUGUGAUUAAGGAGCGUAUAGGGCUAAACUUAAGAUGAAGGGUGAAUUUCAGAAGUAUGGUGGAGAUUUCCCCUCCCAUCUAUAUUUGAGCACUCCUGCUGAUUUGAGCACUCCAAUGUAGUAUUUGAUUCUGAUUUGAGCACUCCAAUGUAUUUAUUUAUUGGAGUAUUUAUUUCAAUUCCCAAUUUAAGGGGGAAAAUACAGGUUUUUUUUAAAGCAUUGGGCAUAGAAUGUUGGUUUGCCAUGUUGAGUAUAUUCCUAUACAUUUCAAGAACUAACUGGUUCACCCUUACCCUGUUGGCUAGAGCCACCAUUCUGUGUUUUGGUAUUUUACAUAACUGCAAACUACAAAAUAUUAUAAUCACGGCAAUCUGAGCAAGUUUUAAAGCACUUUAGUUUAUAGCAGCUGUUAUAAACCACAAGCGGCAGAUGAAAUUUCCUAGAGAAUGUGAGACCUGUAUCUAAGAAGGAUUUACAUUGCUACAUUUUGUGAAGAUUUUUUUAUUAUAAAAAACAGAAUAAAUCUUGAAGUUUUUUGGUUUUUUUUUUUUUAAAAAAAGAAUGCACCUGUGUUUAACAUAUUUCAAAAUGGGACCUCUCCCAUCAACGUUCUGUUUUUGGGCCAACAACACUGUGGCAGAGAUCCAAAAGAUCAGACUAGUUAUGCAUGCCAAUAAACGUGGCAAGCCACUUUUGAAAUUAAGUGGCCUGUCAGAAGCAGAUUGUAAUAUGGCAUGGUGGUUGGGAGCGGGUCUGCUGUUCAAAGACAAAAGUAAGGAAGUUCGUUGGACAUUCCCAAACCCUUGGUCAUGCUAACAUUGUUCUUUGGAUCCUGGCCAUUGCAACUAAGUGUGCUACCUCAAAAAUGUAUGUGGGGCUACUAUGAAUCUUGCUGUUUAACCUUGAUAACACACUUUGGGUCUCAUUCCAAUGUGCUGUCAUAAAGAGUGGAAGACAAUCAUACCAAAUUUCAAGGUUGUACUUUGUCAAGACAUAACUUGUUAACUUGGAAUGAAGGUCCUUGUGUUGUUUCACACCAUUUGACAGGCGGUCCUUAAAUGGGUUUUGCUCUUACUAAGUUGUGUUGUCAGCUUGAUGUGUGCAAUUAAUAUUCCCAAGCACUUCAGGUAGCCAACUGUCUUGAAGAAGGAUAAUGAGACCGUACAUUAUGACUCCUUCAUAGAUGUUGUAUUUGCAGCUGAGGGCAGGCAGUGGUUCUCUAAACUGUUUGUUCAUAUCUCAGGGUUGGAGCCAAAAUAAUCAAAGUGGUAAUGUAGGUUGCUUAUAAAAGGUUUAAAAUUAUUUCCCCUACAUUACUUUGAGUUACACUUCCUUGAUCAGUUCUCCUCUUCCUCCUCCAGUUAUUGUGCUCCAUAGCACUGUCCAAUAGGAAUUUGAGAAGCUGACUCUAGGGGAGAGAGUGGAGGCAUCAUUUAUGAGAGUGCUGAAAUCAUAGCAAGUUGAGGCAUAACAUUAUAGCAUGUCAUAUAGGAGUUAAAGUAGUUUAUGGAGAAGAGAAUUAAUGCAAGAAGCAUAUAAUAAGUGAAUAGCUUGAUCUGUUUGGGGUAAAAGGAUCUGUGAUCUCAAAGCUUAAGUGGCUAUGUAGCACUAAAGCCUGGAAUGAGUAAAUGACUGAGGCUUGUGAUUAUAUUAUCAAAUGUAUAAUGAUAAGUAAAUGAUUACUUGGAAUUUGAUUUAAAAUCCUUAAGAGAUACUGCUUUUCAUUUCCCUAAUCCGGGUCAUCUACCCAUACUCGAUGGCAAAACUCAAAUGAGUUGUGGAUGGCUUUAUUGCAUGUUUUGUUACAUCGUUUUGCAGCAUGUGCUUCUAUUUGGGUCUUGUCACAGAGUGACUGGAUGGGGAAACAGUGUAGAGAGGAGCAAUCUUGCCACAUCACUCCUUUAUUUAUCAUUGUUAAAAGACAAUGUUUUGCCUACAUGCUCCCUAGCUAAUGGGUGUUGCAGGCAUUUCAAUUGAAUGCAACAAACUCCUUUAAGAAUGUCUAGACCUGCCUUAGGGUAGAGCUUGGGUUCUCUCUGGUCUCAUUGUCUUGGGAAUCACCCGUUGAGUGGCUUGGGCUCAUAGCUCUCCACCUUCAGUGAGAGAUGAUGGGUGCCACUUGCAUGGACAGUUCAUAGGAAUGGAGUCUUUACAUUUUAAAAAUAUAUAUGAAAUAACAACAGUGGAGCGUGAAAUUGAUGCCUGCUGUCACUGAGCUUUAUAUAUCACCAAAGGACCAACCUCCUGUAGCAGAGAUAUCUACCUGCUUGUUCCCACUCAGCCACAUGUCUUGGCUUCAUUGAAAGGAGCAAGUUAGUUAAGUGUUGUGUUGAGGCAACAGGUGCCUGUCCCAACAGUAGAUGAAUGGUAGCAGUGUAAACAGUUAUACAUUUCACAUUUUCUGGUCUUCACAUGAUAAUGAACAGGUGUUCUAAUAACUGCUGUGAGUAUUGAUUUAAUUAUGUCUUGCAUUUCACAUAGAAGGAAAGUGACUGUUACAUAUUUUCAGUAUUGAAACUUAGUUUUGCAUAAGAUCGCUGUAUCACUGGGCAAAUCACAAAGACCUGUGUCUGUCUGUCUUUCUCUGUGUAUAUGUGGUCUUCAAACAGUGCACAUCAUUUUUUUUAAAAAAAUGAAAACAUCUGUACCUAUUUCAGAAAUCGGAAGAAUCUUAUUUUGAUGCCUAAGUCUUUGAAAACCAACUUCCGCAGAGGAAGAAAAUCCUGUACUCGUAUGUCAGUGUAGAACCACUUGUUUUUUUGUUUACUGAUAUUCUGGUGAUUUGAUUGUGUUUUUUAGAUGUUCAGUGUGUGUCUUCGUUGCAAUUUGAAAAUGCCAUUAAAUCAUUCAGCAUUGUU